CGAGUCACCCUGGUCGCCUGCAAAAUCAAUAAAAUGCACUCGCUCUCUUUUGCUUCCAGCGUCGCCCAAAAAUGGCCGACGGACGCCUUCAGCGCGUCGUGUCGCGCCUCCAAAACCUCCCCGAGAUCUCGCUGCCGACAGACUACCCCCGCCAGCUCGGAGGAAACAGGCUCAUCGAGGCUGCCGUCUCCGCCGACCUCUCUGAGCAGACGUGCCUCGGCCUGCUCAAGCUCGCCACCUACGACGAGGACCAAGGCGACGACGACGAAGACGUGUCCAGAAACAACACUCCUUCGGCCUUCCAACUCCUGCUAUCUGCCUUCUCCGUUCUCCUCCAUCGAUACACCGGCGAGACCGAUCUGCUCAUCGGCUCGUCGUCUGCUCUCGCUCGCGAUCCCCUCGUGCUGCGCGUACCCGUAGACCCCAGCGAUCCCUUCUGGACCGUGGUCCGCAAGGUGCAGCAGGUCGAGAAGGAGGCCGAGGACGAUGCGCUGCCGUACGAGACCAUCGUGCGCGCUUUGAACAAGGACAAGCCCGACAGCGUCGACAGCUCCCGCCCUCUCUUCCGCGUCCGGUUCUUCGACGAGACUGACGAGCACAUGGAGAACUACCUCAGGACGACCAGCCUCACCUCCGACCUCACCGUCUUCGUCACCCGCCAACCAGACACCACCGCCCGCACGUCCCUGACACCUCGCAUCUCGCUCCGCAUCAUCUACAACUCCCUCCUCUUCUCUCCCAGCCGCAUCGACUUUAUCGUCGAGCAGCUCUCCAUCUUCCUCCGCAAGGUCGCCUCAAACCCGCUCUCGCCCGUCGGUUCUGUGCCCCUCCUCACCCCGGCGCAACGCGCCCUGCUCCCCGACCCGACCGCAGACCUCAACUGGUGUGACUGGAAGGGCGCCAUCCCCGACAUCUUCUCCCAGAACGCCAAGCAGUUCCCCGACAGGCCCUGCGUCGUCCAGUGCCUGCCGUCGCCCGACCUCGACGCGCCACAAGAGAAGAUCACCUUCACGUACGGCCAAGUCCGCCAUGCGUCCAACAUCUUGGCCCACCAUCUGCUCCAGGGAGGUGUUCAGAGAGAGGAGGUGAUCAUGGUCUACGCGUAUAGGUGUGUAGAGCUGGUCGUGGCAGUCAUGGCCAUCUUGAAGGCAGGGGCAACGUUCUCGGUCAUAGAUCCCGCGUACCCUCCUAGCAGGCAAAACAUCUACCUCCAGGUUUCCCAGCCUCGCGCUCUCAUUGUUCUCAAGGGCGCAGGCGGCAUCGGCCCUUCCGUCCGCGAAUUCAUCCAGAACGAGGUCAAAAUCCGCGUCGAGGUCCCUGCAUUGGAGCUGCUUCCCGACGGCCAGAUCCUCGGUGGAAGUGUCGACGGCUCGGAAGAUGUUCUUGCUAGCCAGCGCCCCCUGGCGGAUACCGACCCGGAUGUUGUCCUCGGCCCCGACAGCGUCGGUACCUUGUCGUUCACCAGUGGAAGCACGGGCAUCCCCAAGGGCGUGCUCGGCAGACACUACAGCUUGACACACUUCUUCCCCUGGAUGGGCCAGCGCUUCGAGUUGAGCGAGAACUCGAGGUUCACCAUGUUGAGUGGCAUCGCCCAUGAUCCCAUCCAGCGCGACAUGUUCACGCCUCUCUUCUUCGGCGCGCAGCUCUACGUGCCCACCGCCGACGACAUCGGCACGCCCGGCCGUCUCGCAGAGUGGAUGGCCGACAACGAGGUCACGGUCACGCACCUGACACCGGCGAUGGGCCAACUGCUCUCCGCGCAGGCUUCGCGCCAGAUCCCGUCUCUGCAGCACGCCUUCUUCGUCGGCGACAUCCUCACGAAGCGCGACUGCCUGCGGCUGCAGGCGCUCGCGGCGCACGUGCGCAUCGUCAACAUGUACGGCACGACGGAGACGCAGCGGGCGGUGUCGUACUACGCGCUCCCGAGCCUCGCCGCCGACGCGACCUUCCUCGCGACCCAGAAGGACGUCGUGCCCGCCGGCGCCGGCAUGGUCGACGUCCAGCUCCUCGUCGUCAACCGCCGCGACCGCCGCGUGCCCUGCGCCGUCGGCGAGCUCGGCGAGAUCUACGUCCGCUCGGGCGGCCUCGCCGAGGGCUACCUCGACGCCGCCGCCACGGCCGAGAAGUUCGUGCGGAACUGGUUCGCGGACGCCGCGCCCCCGCGCGCGGACACGCUUCGCGGGCUCCCCGCGGCCGAGCACUGGAAGGGCGUGCGCGACCGCAUGUACCGCUCGGGCGACCUCGGGCGGUACACCCCCGCGGGCGUCGUCGAGUGCACGGGCCGCGCGGACGACCAGGUCAAGAUCCGCGGCUUCCGGAUCGAGCUCAAGGAGAUCGACGCGUACCUCGGCCAGCACGCGCUCGUGCGGGAGAACGUGACGCUCGUGCGGCGCGACAAGGACGAGGAGAAGAUCCUCGUGAGCUACUUUGUGCCUGUGGACGGGCCGGGGGUCGACGCGUACGCGAGCGACGUCGGCGAGGAGGAGCAGGACGACGGGAGCGCCGUCGGGGGCAUGAGGAAGUACAGGAGGCUCAUCAGGGAUGUGAGGGAGUAUUUGAAGACGAAGCUGCCGAAGCAUAGUAUCCCGACGCUGUUCGUCCCGCUCAAGCGCAUGCCCCUCAAUCCCAACGGCAAGGUCGACAAACCGGCACUUCCGUUCCCUGAUACCGCCCAGCUGGCCCCCACCGAACCACGUCGCGAAGGGCCCGCCGCAACGCCCACCGAGGAGGCCAUGCGCGCGAUCUGGGCGCGCAUCCUCCCCAACGCGCCCUCCCCUGUCCCGCUGGACGAAAACUUCUUCGACCUCGGCGGCCACUCCAUCCUCGCCACGCGUCUCAUCUUCGAGGUCCGCAAGGCGUUCGUCGUCGACGCGCCGCUCGGCCUCGUCUUCGACAAGCCCACCAUCAAGGACCUCGCCGCCGCCAUCGACAGCCUGCGCAACGCCGACCUCGGCUUCGACGACAAGGACCCGACGGCGGCGGCCCCAGGGGCGCCCACGGACGCGUCGGCGCCGCACGCAGCAGCAGCAGCAGCAGCAGGCCGCGUCGCGUACGCGCAGGACUACGAGGCGCUCCUCGGCACGCUCGCGCCCGCGUACCCGAGCGUGCCCGCGGACUACCGCGACCGCGCGCUCACCGUCUUCCUCACCGGCGCGACGGGCUUCCUCGGCGCGUUCGUCCUGCGCGAGCUCCUCCGCGACGCGGCGCGCGUCACAAAGGUCGUCUGCCUCGUGCGCGCGACCUCGGACGCGCACGCGCUGCAGCGGCUGCGCGACGCCGCGGGCGCGCGCGGCGUCUGGGACGAGGCGUGGGUCGCCGCGGCGCGCGUCGAGGCCGUCGCGGGCGACCUCGACGCGCCGCACUUUGGCCUGGCCCCGCCGGCGUGGGCGCGCGUCGCGGCGGAGGCAGACGCGGUCGUGCACAACGGGGCGCUCGUGCACUGGGUGUACCCGUACGAGAAGCUGCGGGCGGCGAACGUGCUCGGGACGCUCGCCGCCGUCGCGCUCGCGGCCACCGCGAGGCCGAAGCUCGUCGUGUUCGUGUCGUCGACGUCGGCGAUCGACACGGACCACUACGUGCAGCUGUCGGACGGGCUCGCGCGCGACCCGGACGGGCACGGGGGUGUUCCGGAGGAGGACGACCUCGAGGGGGCGCGCGAGGGCCUCAAGACGGGGUACGGACAGAGCAAGUGGGUCGCGGAGAAGCUGCUGUUCGAGGCGGGCCGGCGGGGGCUCUGCGGACACAUCGUCCGGCCGGGCUACGUCGUCGGCGACUCUGAGAGUGCGGUGACGAACACGGACGACUUCCUCUGGCGCAUGGUCAAAGGCUGCAUCCAGCUCGGCCAGGUCCCGGACAUCAACAACACGGUGAACAUGGUCCCCGUCGACCACGUCGCGCGUGCGACGGCGCUCGCGGCGCUCUACCCGCUCGGCGCGCCGCGCGACCGGCUGAGCGUGCUGCACGUCGCGGCGCACCCGCGGCCGACGUUCAACGCGUUCCUGUCCGCGCUCGCGCGGCACGGGUACGGCACGGCGCGGAGCGAGUACGUCGCGUGGCGGCGGCAGCUCGAGCGGCACGUCAUGGAGGCGCAGGACAACGCGCUGUUCCCGCUCCUGCACUUUGUGCUCGACGACCUGCCGACGAGCACCAAGGCGCCCGAGCUCGCCGACGCGAACAUGCGCGCGCUCCUCGCGCCGCACGGCGCGCAGACCAACGCCACGGUCGACGACGCGCUCAUGGGCAGGUACCUCGCGUGGCUCGUCGACGUCGGCUUCUUGCCUGCGCCCGACGCUGGCGCUGCCCAGAGGCCGCUCCCGGAGUUGCCCAAGAGCUCUGUCAUCACGAAGGCUGUCGGGCGCAGUGGCGCGUAAAAGUCUUUUCAGACGCAGACCCCCCUCUCCAUUAAAAAAAGUAGAGUUUAUAUGUUGUACUUCUACAGUGCCGAACCUUGCUGCGUAAGAGAAUAGAAAACGAAACUUGGCAGUGGGUCAGAGC